AAGCAGAAUGGCUACAAAUCUUGAUCCACACACCAAUUUUUCCCGAGCUUGCCGGGCCAUUGUUGACCUAAAUACUGACAUAUUAAGGGAUGAGCUGAGUUCUCAUGUCUCACCAUCAGAUAUAGCCAGCAGAGCUACUGCCUGUACCAAACUACCAAAACUCCGACCCGAACAAUGGACAGCAAUCAACAACGCCGCCACUAAAGGUUCCUACGAAGAUUUCGACAGCUCUCUGUUGUAUAUCAUGAUAAGAAAUUUAAGCUCACUUCCGCCACCUAAACUUGGAUGGAAUAAAAAGCCUCUUGCGACAGACCUCUCAGUGGCAGCAGAUGUAGAAAGGAUCCACUACUAUAGAAAUGAAGUUUAUGGACAUACCACUCGAGCACAAAUAUCAUAUUCUGAAUUCCAAGUUAUUUGGUUGGAUCUCGAAAAGAUAUCUGAAAGAUUUGAUAAAAACAGACCGGGCAAAAACUAUAAAAAGAAACUGGUCGACUUGAGUCAAUGCUGCAUGGAUGAAGAGAUGAGGAAAGUCAUGGAGGAGAAAUUGAAGUCGAAUACAUUGUUAGAGGAAGAAAAGAAGCAGCGACAUUUGGUUGAUGAUUGGAAAAUCCAGGACAAAAGAUUCGCCGAGACCAGGGCUUGUAGAGCUGUCAGAGAAGAACUAAAGACAAAAAAUAUUGUAACUAUUGUAGGUAAUUCUGGAUCUGGGAAAUCAUUUAUAGCGCGUCACGUGGCGUUAGAAUAUGAAGCAGACGGUUGGCAUGUAUUUCCAAUUGAUUAUGUUUUAGAAUUUAAACGAAUUGCAGACCCGUCCUCUCCACAUCGACAGUUCUUUGUCUUGGAUGACCCAGUUGGAAAAUAUUAUUUAGACGAAGUUUUCUUCAAUGAAUGGUUAAAGAUCGACAAAUCUUUGAGCAAAAUCUUUGUCAAUAACAACAUUAAAGUUGUGAUCUCUUGUCGUAAGUCGGUAAUGUGUGAAGUGACUUAUGCAUGUACGUUAAGUUCUAAUGUUGUUGAAAUCGAUGAUCAGAACCUGCAAUUAGAUAAUGAAGAGAAAAAGAGAAUUUUACAAUGUUAUGUAGGAAAAGAUGUGCUGGGAGACAAAGAAAUUGAAGUAAUCAUAGGAGCCACACUACUUUUUCCGUUGUUAUGCCGACUUUUUACUGAAAAUGAAUAUACAAAAAGCGGAAUUCAAUUUUUCCAAAAUCCAACUCCCGUGGUCAAAGGUGAAAUAAAUAAAUACAAAGCAAGGAAGAAAGAGAAGUAUUUAGCUCUUGUCCUUCUAGUCCUAUAUGGAGGCACUCUUGAUAUUGACAAAUUUCUGGAUUUAAACCAGAGUAGAUCAAAAUUUGAAGAAAUUUGUGAGGUCUGUGAAGUAGAAAGAAGCAUUUCAAGAGUUGUUAUUGUUAACAAUCUAGAUUCUCUUGUUGGAUCAUUUGUACAAAAAGUGGGGUCAACCUUUAGUUUUCUGCAUGAUUUUCUGGAGGAUGUAACGGGAUUUGCUUUUGGAGAAAAUUCUCCGGCAACGUUACUUAAAUACUGCAAUUUGAAAUUCAUCAGACAAAAGGUACGGGUUAUAACGAAAAAUGAUAUGAAUAUAGAUCAUAGCGAAAAUGAUUUCUGUAUAAUCCUUGAUGAAAAAUAUAUCGACCCUCUCGUGGAUAGAUUUUUAAAGGAAAUAUCUCUGAACAACGGUGUUGAAGUGUGUCUGUGUCUAUCCUUACGUCAUGAGAAAGUUGUCAAAAAUAUUUCAAAUCGCAUAGACGACCUUGCAAUCGACGACGUUAUAAACGUAUGGAUAAGUUACCAAAAUCAGAAUAUAAUAUUACCUUGUUUAGACGCUGUUUUUGAAGAGGAACGAAAAUGUUUUGUAAACAGAUUUGGUAUAAUUGAGGGAAAUUCCACACUUUCUAUAUUAGAUCUUUUAUUAAUGUACAAUCAUGAUAAAAUAUGUGAAUGCAUACUUAAACGACUUAGAAAUGAAAAGUUUACAUUAAGUACUAUAGAUGGGAGGAAAUUAUUUUUAUCAAGCUGCAUAAAUGGAAACAUUGAACUUGCACAAAGAGUAACAUUUCUUUGUGGAGGAGAUAUAUUGGUGGAACAUUCAUAUGACAACGAAAACUUUAUGCCUUUGCAUCUUUCUGCGGCGUUUAAUAAUGUCAAUAUUUCUAAUUUUUUACUGCAAAUGAAGUGUGAUGUUAAUUGUCACAUAAUUGGCUUCACAGCAUUACAUUUUGCUGUCUGUAAUGAGCAUUAUGACUCUGCAAAGAUGCUCCUGGAAAACAAAGCCAAUGUUAACAUGUGUUCAAAUGACAGCGAUCGUACUCCAUUAUUUUGUGCCUGUGAAGAUGGAUUCGAGAAAAUAGUUCACCUUCUGCUACAGUAUGAGGCUGAUGUAAACAUUUGUAUGUGCGAUGGCAUAAGUCCUCUUUAUAUUGCUUGUGAUUAUGGGUUUUCAAACAUAGUAAAAAUGCUCCUUGGAAAAAAUGCUGACGUAAAUUUAUGUGAAAACAGCGGCUGGAGUCCACUUUCUAUUGCUGCGGACAAAGGUAAUAUCAGCAUUGUAGAAAUACUAUUGAAAAAGAACGCUGAUGUUAAUAUCUGUGAUAAUACAGACAUGAGUCCACUUUUGAAAGCUUCCAUAAAUGGUCAUGCAGACGUUGUACAAUUACUUUUGGAUAAUAAGGCCAAUGUAAAUUUAUGUGAUAGGGAUGGUGAGAGUCCACUUUUCUGGGCUUCAAGAAAUGGUCAUGCAGAUGUUGCCCAAUUACUCGUGGAAAAUAAGGCCGACGUUAAUUUAUGUAAUAGUAAUGGUGAGAGUCCACUUUCCUGGGCUUCAAGGAAUGGUCAAACAAACGUUUUACAAAUACUCUUGGAAAACAAGGCCGAUGUAAAUUUAUGUUACAAAGAUGGAUUGAGUGCACUUUCAGAAGCUUCCAAGAAUGGUCAUGUACAAUUACUUGUGGAAAAUAAAGUCAAUGUAAAUUUAUGUGAUAGUACUGGUCGCAGUCCACUUUUCUGGGCUUCCUGCAAUGGUCAUACAAACGUUUUACAAAUACUCGUGGAAAAUAUGGCCGAUGUAAAUUUAUGUGACAAGGAUCGAUAUAGUCCACUUCAUUGGUCUACUAUCAAUGGUCAUAAAUACAUUGUUGAAAUACUUUUAGAAAAUAAAGCUGAUGUUAAUAUUUGUUCAAGUUACGAUGAUCGAACGCCAUUAUUUUGUGCCUGUGAAGAUGGAUUCGAGAAAAUAGUUCACCUUCUGCUACAGUAUGAGGCUGAUGUAAACAUUUGUAUGUGCGAUGGCAUAAGUCCUCUUUAUAUUGCUUGUGAUUAUGGGUUUUCAAACAUAGUAAAAAUGCUCCUUGGAAAAAAUGCUGACGUAAAUUUAUGUGAAAACAGCGGCUGGAGUCCACUUUCUAUUGCUGCGGACAAAGGUAAUAUCAGCAUUGUAGAAAUACUAUUGAAAAAGAACGCUGAUGUAAAUAUCUGUGAUAAUACAGGCAUGAGUCCACUUUCAAAAGCUUCCAAGAAUGAUCAUGCAGACGUUGUACAAUUACUUUUGGAUAAUAAGUCCGACGUUAAUUUAUGUGAUAGUAAUGGUGAGAGUCCACUUUUCUGGGCUUCAAGGAAUGGUCAUGCAGAUGUUGCCCGAUUACUCGUGGUAAAUAAGGCUGACGUUAAUUUAUGUAAUAGUAAUUGUGAGAGUCCACUUUUCUUGGCUUCCAGCAAUGGUCACUCAAACAUUGUACAAAUACUAUUGGAAAAUAAGGCCGAUAUAAGAAUGAUAAAAGUCCACUUUUAA